AUGCAAGUUGGUUUCGUAACAAUUACCUAUAUCUUGCUCUUUCCGGCUUACUUUGACUUCUCUUCGGAUUCCCAAGAUUGGCAUUCUACUGCCCAACAUUCCAACAUGGCAGACACCAACAUCAAAGACCGCUUGAGGUCGUUGGCAUUCAACCUACAGGAGGCCAGGGACGCUCUUCGCGGCAAGGCUGUCCCUGUGGCUCUUGGGUGA